AUGGCAGCGAAUCCAAUAAGUGACGAAGAAAUUAUGUCAGAAACAAAUGAUAAACUGGAGAAUUCCUCAUUAACAAACGAUGAAAAUAAUGUUCAAAAUCAAGAUGAUUCAUUUAAUUUACUUGAAGGUCGAUGGACAUUUUGGUAUACACAUCGGCCAACUACAUUUCGGAAUAGUGCAGUUAACUAUGAUUCUUGUUUAAAAAAACUUGGUACAUUUGGUUCCAUUGAAGAAUUUUGGUAUUAUUAUGAUCAUAUGAAAUUUCCAUCUGAACUUCCAUUCUAUAGUGAUGUUCAUUUAUUUAAAGAAAGUCUAAAACCAAUGUGGGAAGAAGAAGGAAAUCGACUUGGUGGUAAAUGGAUUUUACGAUUGAAAAAAGGUUUAUCUACUCGUCUAUGGGAAUCCCUCGUUUUGGCUAUUAUUGGUGAACAAUUUAAUGUUGGAAAAGAAAUAUGUGGAAUUGUUUGUUCAAUUCGACCACAAGAAGAUCUUAUCAGUAUAUGGACAAAAACUGCAAAUAAUCAAUUAGUCACACAACGAAUUAAAGAGACGAUGAAAAAAGUCCUUAGUUUGCCACAAGAUUGUCCAUUGGAAUACAAAACACAUAAUGAUUCAUUACGUGAUAAUUGUAGUUAUCGUAACACCGAUCGUGUUCGGUGA